CGCUUGCGUAGUGUCGUAGUCGCUGCAGCGGUCUGCUUGCAGCAAAGACCUUUGAUUAUCACUGCCAAAAGUGUAUAUUAAGGACGUAGUGUCCCAGUAGACUGUUUCCGUUUAGGGUACCCACGAUCGGACAGAAGAGAUUGUUUUUGUUAUUUUUUGAUCGCUAGUCCUCUUUUUUAAAGAGGGCUCUCCGGCUCCCCGAAGAGAAACUUCCCCGUACCUGACACUCUGCGACAUUGAUAAAAAAAAUGUCUCGAUACGCUAGUCAAUUUGUGAAGCAGCUGGGAAGCAAGGAGUUCAGAGAAUACCUGUGCAGUACUCAUUUCUGGGGGCCCGUUGCCAAUUGGGGAAUUCCCCUGGCUGCUAUCGCUGAUAUCAAGAAGGACCCGAGUAUUAUUAGUGGCAAGAUGACUACCGCAUUGUGCAUAUACUCCCUGCUAUUUAUGAGAUUUGCACUCAAAGUGCAGCCAAGAAACAUGCUCCUUUUCGCUUGCCAUUUCACAAACGAGGCUGCUCAAAUUGUUCAAGGAUGCCGGCUUAUCAAACACAAGUACUUAACAAGCCCCCAGAAGUAGAUCAAGAUACCUAGCACUGUCUUCCACUAUUAGGAGCAAUAAGAGAGUGAACGUGUGGCCUGUACAGAGAAAUGAUGUCACCUCGGAAACCGAAGAUUACAGUUGUAGAGAAAUAAAGCCAUUUUACUCGUUCCA